AUGGAUGAAACUGAAGAAACUAAAUGCGAUGUUUUUAAAGCAGAAAAAGAAUCUGUGAAUAAAUCAUCGCUGGAUGGGAAAGAAUCAACGGAUACAUCGAAGAAAAGUCUUCAAAGUAUACGCGAUCAACUUCAAAAAUUACAUGACAGUGAUGCGAGUGCACAAGACCGUUAUCAAGAAUCAAAUGAAUUAUAUUCUGAACUGAUCGAUUAUAUUGCGAGAGCUACAGAUGCUGAUGCGAAUGAUAUUCAAAUUUGUGCGAAUCUUUUUGAAGAAGUAAUGCUACAGGUUCCACCUGAAUCUGAUUCGAAAGAAAGAAUAUUGUUCACACGUAAGGUUUUCUUUACAUCUCUCAAUUUGCUCUGUAAACCAGAAAUGUACACGUAUUUAAAUGAUAAUCAACAAACAAUAAUAGCGCAAGCAAAAUUCUAUGAAUUGGUGAUUUGUGCGCUUUUAAGCAUUGCUACCUCCAUUGUUGACGAGGUUAGUUUUAUUAAGACGGAUACUGCUAGCCGUAAAUACAUUAACUUAUUCUGCGCAAUGUGUAAAUGGGUGGAACGCAAUGUGCAUGAGGCGACUGCGAUCUGCACUGAAGAAGUCGAUGACAGUAGUUUAGCAAGUUGUAUUCUAUCAUUUUUCUGGAAUCUAACUGAUUCUACAGUUGUUGUGCCAUGGUUGGUCGAUGCUGGUUUGCCGAAAAUGGUCUUAGAAUGGUUAAAAGUAGUAACACUCUCAUCCGCAGCAGCUCAACAAUCCUUCAGUAUUAUUCAUAAUAUCUCAAGGCACGAUGACGGCGCCGAUGAACUCAAUAAAUUUGAUGGACUGCAUAUUCUUCAGAAUAUUCAAAAUGAUUACGAAGAACAGUUGUCUGAUAAAAGUGAUCUUCUCAUUUCUAUGGCGACCGCUCAUCUGUCAACAGUCGAAGAAAUUCGUUCAAAUAAUAAACGAAAGAACAGAAUUCUUAAUCAACUCUUACAAAUGACUAUUGAUGCCGCCCAAGAGGAUGAUUAUCGUGAGGGCGAUGGCUUUCAUGUGUCUGAGCCUUUGACCGUAUUCGUCAAACUGUUUGUGGAUGAUCAUUCACUUGAAUAUGUCUUCAAUCAUGCAGAAACUGAGCCACAACUAACAUUAUCAGCGACAAUUGCUUUAUUUGUCGACUUACUCAUCGCCUUUCAAGGUCCAUCUGCCAAGAACGAUUAUCGUAAACAACUUGUAAUCACAGCUCUAUUAAACAUUCUCUGGAGUAUUUCCUUCCAAGAUCGGUAUAAAACAAAACUGAAGCAAAAUGAAAAGUUACUGGAGAUCAUCAAAACUAUAUCUCUGGGCAAUGAUGAGAAAACGACUCAUCAAUAUGUUUCACGUUCUAUGGAAAGUUCGAGAAAUGCUUCUAAUGGUAUUCUUCACAAUCUUAAUGUGACAUCGGAAAAAGAGGAAAAUCGUAUUCCGAAUCUGCCGAUCGCUUCAGAUACGAACAAGAGUAAAGCGAUGGUUAUGAUUAGCUAUGCUCAUGAUAACAAUGAAUUUUGCGAUAAAAUUCUCACAGCAUUGAAAAAAGAUGAAGAUCUCUUUCGAAUUUGGAUUGAUCGCGAUCAUUGUUCAUCUAGUGAAGAUUUAUGGGAAAAGAUUGCUCGUGGUAUUGGAGAAGCAAAUCUUGUCAUAUGUCUUCUCUCGCAAGAUUAUUACAACAGCAGGUCGUGUCGAAAAGAAUUUACUUUUGCUUUCAAACGCAACAAACCUAUUAUUCCUAUCUAUUUCGGUAAACCUGGUGAUUGUGAUUGGCUUGAUAUUCACAUUGCUGAUCGCAAAUAUGUUCGUUUCACAAAUGACACAAAAGAACUGAAUACUACUAAAGUUCAAGAAAUGUUGAAGACGAUCGAAGCUACUAUCAGCGAAACGAAUGGACAAUCAUUACAACCACAACGAACAAAACAGCAUGAGACACCCGCACAGUCGCAAAAGGAAAACGAUAAAAUCCAGUCAACCGGUUUUGAUAAAGAGAAAUCGCCGGAAGAAUGGACUCGAGAAGAUAUUCGGAAAUGGUUUCAUACUCACAAUGUACCUGAUACGUUGGUGAAAUUAUUUGAUUUUCAGUCCGUGAAUGAAAUCAAUCAAUAUGCUCUUAAACUACAAACAGAUCCGAAGAAUGAAUUUUUGAAAUAUGCUCGUCGUUAUGCAAAGACUUAUGCAGAUGAUGAACUCGAAGAAUAUAUUUUUGAUCGAUUUAAAAAUUCUCUUCUCAAACUUCCCGUCGUUCGACGUGAAAUCAUGAGUUUGUCAACGUCUUCUUCAUCAACACCGAAAUCGACUGCAUGUAUUCUUCUCUGA